AUGCGUUUCUCCACCGUCAUCCUCUCCGGCGCCCUCGCCGCCGCCGCCUCGGCCCAGACGACCGUCGGCGAGACGCCUGCCCAGGCCUCGGCCACGGCCUGCCUGAACGCCUGCGGUCCCAGCGACGUCAAAUGCCAGGCGCACUGCAUCGUGGUUCCCUCGCCCAACGAGAGCCAGGCCGAGACGACGAACAACUGCGUGGCCGCCUGCUCCCAGGGCAACGGCUCUCCCGCCGACACCCAGAGGUACUCGGACUGCACGCAGAAGUGCAUCGGCGACUACUUCUUCCACCCGGCCCAGGGUACCCCCAAUGACAAGAGCGCUGGCAAUGGCGCUGGCACCAACGCUGGCAAUGGCGCUGGCACCAACGCUGGCACCACCGCUGGCGCCAAUGCUGGCACCAACGCUGGCACCAAUGCUGGCGCCAACGGCUCUGGCAGCACGGCGACCCUUUCCGGCUCUGCCACGGCCACUUCCACCCACACCGCAUCCGCCGUCUCCUCCGGUCUGGCUCCCAUCGCCACGGCUGCUCCCGCCGCCAUCCUGGGCCUCGUCGCCGCCGUCCUUGCUCUGUAA